AUGGACAGACAGACGCGGUCUAAGACCAACCGGAAAAAUGAAAGAAGUCGGACAUCUGGAGUAAAGCGGAAAGCUUCAGCAUCUCCAGAGAAACACGAAAAUAAAUCAGAUCCCACUAAGAAGACACAGAAGAUUGUUAAGAGGAGCGAAGGAGAAAAUAACCGCCAAGGCAAACGUGUGACCAGAAAGGGAGUCAAGGAUGAAAUCGAAAAUACAGGACGGAAUACAUUACGGCGAAGAGAUGUCAAGUUUACAUCUCCUCCUCCUCUACCAAGUACAAUAUCAGAAAACAAAAACAAAAGUCCCAUUGCCAAAGUCAUCCAUCAGAAAGGAGAAAGAGGCGAAAAAACGGACAAGAGUGGUACAGGUAUAGUAGUGCAAGUUAUGAUUUCUAUUAUUUAGGAAGAAAAAUAUUGGAUAAAAAAGAGACAAAGACACCAAGACCCGUGGGUCGGCCUCCAGGCUCUUUCAAGACAUUACAUAUUGAUGACAAAAGCAUUGUGACACCUUCAAGUAUUCGCCGGUUGCCUGUUCAUCCGGAAUCUACUGUCAGAAAUCAAUUGGAUUAUCAUAUUUGCGUAGUUUGUAAAUGCCCGACAUUAAUACGAACUCAAGAAUCCGAGGAGAGAGAUCAGAAAGUUAAGGUGGGGCUUGCGGUUUUAUAAAAUGCAUAAAACAAUAAUUCAGACAGAGACGGAAGAAUCUGGGCUUACAUUCGAAGAAGAUCCGGCUUUGAGUUGCACCGUUUGUUUGAAGUAUUUUCACCUGGUUUGCACCUUUGAUGAACUUGAACUUCAUGAUUGGGCUCUAAGUCAUCGCAACAAAUUUGUUUGCCAAGAAUGCAUACGAUGCAAGAAGUGCUCAAAUCCAAUCUUUGAUCCCGGAAAUGUUCAGUGCCUUCAAUGUGGGAACGCCUAUCAUGAGGCUUGUAGACCUCUUAACAAAGAACAGGAUGAUAAUUGUGCCCGGAAAUGGUUAUGUCCGGCAUGUGACAAGCAUAACGAAAAAGUUGAUCCUAAAAGAAAGCAUAAGGCCGUCAAGUCGAUAUCUCAUAAGAAGGUGAAGGAAGAAAGACCUGGAUCUUCAAAGGAAGAUACCCUCGUUAGACCUAAAGGUUGUCAAUGCUCUAUUAAAAGUAACCUGUUUUCUAGAUACGAGGUCGCCUAAAAUGUCUCCAGUUAAGAUCAAACAGAAAUCCACGAAAGAACCAUCUGACGUUGAAUUCGAAUCUAAAAGAUUACGUUUGAUCUCGCAGAUAGCAGAAUCAUUGAAACCGAAUUCAUCUCAGUUUAACUGCAUUGGAUCUUCCGAUUCGGCUUUUUCACAUUUUACAGAAGAGCAGAUGGAUGAAUUUGAAAAUCGGAAAAACGAUGACGAUGAAAUGGCUUAUGUUCCUUACGUUACGGUAGGAAAUGUGGACAAUGACAGAAAGAAAACCUCCAAGGAUAAGCGGUUAGUUGCUACAAUAACUAACAAGGGAAGUCACUUAAAUCACGGGUCGAUUUUGUAAACGGUGCUACAGCGAUGGAAAGAGUGGGACAGCGAUAUCGAAUCUGAAAAUCGCUACUUCCACCGGCCUCUUGGAGCCGAGAUAAUCGACCAACAAGUUUGACCGAAUUUCAUGGUUCUCCCUUCCCAAAGCAGAGGAAGAGCAACCUGAAUAGUCCGGUGGUCUGGAAGCGCGCGUCUUUAACUUUUCUGGUUCGAGUCCACAUGGAUCCGAGCUUGCAAAAAAAUUAUAAACGGUUGCCAUUUGGUUCGCUUCCGCGGUCUUUGUGAAAGAAAACUAUUCGGGGUAACUUUGUUGGUCAAAUUUGUUGGUCGAUUAUCUCGGCUCCCCGGCGGAGGUAGCGGUUUUCAGAUUCGAUAUCCCCAUUCCACCCUCCCCAUCGCCGUAAUACUUGUUUAUAAAAGUCGAUCCAUGAAUUAAGUGACUUCGCUUUGUUUUUUCAAAAAGUCAUGUCAUUUUAAUUAUUUUAGGCCCGUUUUCUUCUAUGGUAACGUCGCCUAUCGCCCCAAGUUUUACAACUUCUUGAGUACCAUUCUUCCACAAACUGAUCGUGUUGGCUUCUGCCCGAAAUGUUUAGCAACCCUUCCUUCCUUAACUCAAUUAAUUCAACAUAUUGGAAUGUGCGAAUUGAAACAACCUCCGGGAGAAUUGAUAUAUUCCGAAGGUAAACUUAAUGUUUAUGAAAUCCAUGGUCAGAAAGAAACGGUAAGUUUCUCGAGAAGAACCGUAUUUUCUUUUCAGAUAUUCUGCCGUCGAUUAUCCUUGUUUGCGAAAACAUUUAUUGGAUCAAAAGCCGUUCAUUUCGAGACUGAUGGCUUCAAAUUCUACGUCCUGAUAGAAACGUCAGGUUCUGAGUACACAGUGGCUGGCUACUUUUCAAAGGUAGUUGUAAUCGAUUGCAUUAUUUUUUUCAGGAGAUCAAACCUGUGGCAAACAAUAAUUUAAGUUGUCUCUUGGUUCUGCCGUGGAUGCAGAGAAAACAGUAUGGUCUUUUCUUGAUAGAUCUCAGUGAGUGACUUAUAACUACGUCGCAAAACUAAUGGUUCGAAAUUUGCAGGUUACCAGCUUUCAAUACGCGAACGAAAAGUCGGGUCUCCUGAACAUCCCCUGAGUGAUGCCGGUCUCAAAACUUAUAGACAAUACUGGUUUUCUGUCUUGAUGAGUUAUCUCAGAGCUAAAUUGUAUGACACAGAAACUCUUAAUCUUCGAGAAAUGAAGGAACAAACCGGGAUAGAUACCAGAGAUAUCCUCGAGACCAUGAUCAUUGCUGACAUGACCUUCAUUCUUAGCGAUAAACUUCAGAUAAACAUUGUGAGUCAUUAAAUUCAUGACUUAUUGUAUUAGGAAACGCCCUUCUACUCUACGUUAUGCUCUCUUCGACGACGUUAUGUUAAACCCAUGCUUUUAAAAGUUAAGAGCAAGGAGAAUGUCCCGUUCUCGACGUACAACUGA